UUUAUUUAUUAUUCAUUAAUUCUACACAAUGUCUAUAUUCCAUUGAAUACAUAUGAUCUUCAAAAUUUAAAUAACCACUCUGAUUAACAUUAAAAACUUCCUCGUUGGCUUCUUCCUUAGCACUCCCUCUGAUUUUAGUCAUCCACUUCUUCAGUCUGCCGAAAGUCUUCUUCCACUUACUUUUCCUUGUUUCCUCAACGAAAGAGUCAUCAGCCAAAAGUCCUUGAUUAAGAGGAUUGUCAUCGACCGAAGGACUUAGUUCAUCAGAUUGUUCCAAGCUUGUGACAAAAUUAAUGUUGCAAAAAGGUUGCUCUUUGGUAUUUAUAUCAUCUUCUAGAUUGUCUUUGAUUAAUUUCGUAUAUUUUGGUUGUUUAGUUUUUUUAUGAGGGUGUUUAUUCUCAUAUUGUUCAACGUUAAUAUUCCAAACGGUGUCCAUGGUUAAAGGUGAAGUGUUGCUACUGUUGUGUAUUGAAAGUAAUUUAAACGAAAAUAAGAAGACCCCACCAUUUAUAGGUGUAACAUUAAAUUUUAUACCUAAACUUCUAUGAAUAUUAAAAUUAAAGAUAAAAUCGCACCUGCAACUUUAAAUCAUGUAUUUCUAAAAAAUUAAUCCCUCAAUUAAUAUCGUGGCAGGUUGUGGGAGUUUUUAUGGCAUAAAAUAUUCAUGGUUGGAACGGAAUUUUUUACCCUUAUAAUUACCGAUGUAAUGAGGGAAGAAUUUUUAAAAAUACCUCGGUAUAUAAUUAAAAACAAUUUUAGAAUGGCAGUUCAUUAGCUUAGAAUUUUUUUUGGUGGACGGAUGCAGUAACCAUGGGCAGAAAAUACCACUUGUCGUUUUUUAACAAGGUAAAAUGUGUAUGUGGAUUGAGCAGGCAGGACGAAUUGCCCUAUAAAAAUCCGAUUUUUGUCAAGUUGUACCCUCUCUGGGGGUACUUUUUCGCCUUCGCCUAUCUCGGUAAUUUUACGUUGUUGCUCAUUCGUUUGUACCUCGAAAUGAACAAUCCCGUGGUCGUGGCGCAAUCGUUGAGCUUCUCCUGCUUGUACGUGGUGACAAUAUUCAGUCUGAGGAAAAUCCUGUCGAAAGAAGUGCAGGAUUUGUUCACGUCGAUUGAGACUAUGGAGCAAGAUUACCUCAAGAACGCCAACUCGAGGGUUAAGAAGGUUUUCGAGAAGUACAUUGUGAUUACUAAUAAAACAGCUGCGGAAAUAUUUUACUUUACGUACGUUUUCUGUAUUUGCCUCAGCUUGGAACAUUCGAAAUUAUUAGAGGGUAGAAAGGAGUACGUCUAUUUUCAAUGGUUCCCUUUCAAUCCUGACGACUAUUAUUGGUUUGUUUUAUUCGAUCAGUGCUUUUACUUAAUGACGUGCUAUUUGUAUAUGAUGUACACCAAGUUUUCAGUCCUACAUAUAUCAACCUACGUUUUGGCCAAUAUAAAAGUACUACAAACAAUCAUCACCGAUUCGGAAUAUUAUUCAAAUUACAUUAAAAAUCUCGAGAACGUUUCUAUAGAUGAGGCAAGAUAUAUUGUAUUUUCCAAAUUCGUUGUCCACCACAAAGAUCUUAUUCAGUACGUAUCAAUGGUUCGAGAAAGGACAAGUACCUUCAUCCUUUUAGAUUUUAUGCUGACUUCUUUCCAACUGGGAACAAUAUUGAUUUCAGUUUUUGGUGGCAUUGACGAUCAGAAUGAUACUAUUUGGAAUAAACUAGUACUGUUCUAUUUUUUUGCCAUAAACAUCCACUGGAUGUGGGCCUCAUACUAUUAUGGAGAUGAAGUUAUUAAUGAGAGCAUAAAUAUUGGUAAACUUAUUUAUACGGAAUUAAACUGGUGGGAAUACGACAUUAAAACUCAAAAAUGUCUAAUGAACAUAAUACAGAAAUCACAGCAUCCACUGUCCUUGACAAUUGGCCCUUUUACUGAUUUAAGUCUGGCAUCAUUUUUAGCUGCACUAAAAGCAACAUUCUCAUAUAUGACUUUCAUGAGCAGUAUUUAUAAGUAAAUAUAAAUCUCACACGUGUAUUAAUUAUUGUUAUGUAGUUGUUAAUUAAUAAAGUUUCAGCAUUCAAA